AUGACUCCGACAGGCAAAGAAAGUCCUUCUAAAAUUCCGCAUGCCGUAUCUAGACACAUUGUCCAAUACUUCAUCAAAAAUUCGGACAUUCUUCUCAAUGACACGAACGUGCGAACGUAUGCACAAAAUACAAAGAGGAUGACGGCUUACCGGAAAUUAGUCAUUGAAAUAGCGGAAGAGUACGGCUUCGAAAUAACUGAAAAGCAAAUCCGCAACCAUUUCGACCACUACAGAUCCAAAGUGAUAUCAAAGGGAAUGACUUUCAGAAGAAACAUUAGCGCGGAAAAGAAAUACCGAACAACGACUGGUGGCGGAGUCAUACCCUCAGAGGAGAGUUCUGCGAAUAAAAAUGAUACAUUUCCGUUCAACACUAGCAUGGAGGCAGAAUUAUGGAAAUUCUUCGACAAAACACCAGCAACCGUCCCAUUUCGCGAAGGCGAAAGCGCUGUAGGCAUAAGAAAAACUCCGGUCCAAAAUGCAGAAAAUGAACGUCCUGAGCCCCUAAUGGAUGAAUUCGAAACAGAUAGCGACGACGAGGAAACCGGCGGAUCUUAUGAAAGAGGAGGCAGAUGCGGAGGAGGGCGUUCAAUGCGAGGAGUCGGAACUGGAGGAGGAAGAUCUUUUAUGCGAGGAACCGAAAGAGAAAGAGAAUAUGGGGAUGAGGAAGAAGAAGAAGAAGAGGAAGAGGAAGAAGCAAGAGGAGGUGGUGGUGGAGGUGGAGGUCGAGGAGGGGCGGGCGGGUAUGAGGCACCUGGUAGGGGCGGCGGUGGUGGUGGUGGAGGUGGAUCGAACAGUAACCGAAAACGCAGGAUUACAGAAAAAGAGUUGGUAGAAGAGCAGUUUCGCCUUUGCCAGGACCAAAGGAGAUUCUUCAGCGAAAUGAUACAUACUCUAAAUGUAAUGUGUGAUUACAUCGCCUCGCAAAAGAACGUGCAAGGAACAUCAAACGGGCAGCACGGAGGGUUGGGUGGUGGAGGGAGGGAACCAACCGAAUUUGUUGCAGAUAAGAAUAUUGAAGAAUCUGUCGUCUCUAGCCAAUAAUGAAUAGUGAAACUGGAUUCUCCAUUGAUAUUCUUUCGUUUUUCUGCUUACAUUCCAAAUGGUAUGUUUUGUUACCGUACAAAUCUGUUGUUUUCUGAAUAUAUACGUCAUAUAAACUCGAUAGAAAGUAGAUGAUAGUUAGUCAUUCAAACAGCUGAGCUCAGAGUUCGCAUUUUCUUCUGCUCAGUGAAUCGUUGGUGCUGUCAGAAAGUGAACAGUCAUGGUUUUCUUGUUUGCUAAGAAUUUGGACUACUCUUCAUCAUCUAUCGUUCAUCUAAGAUGUAUUCAUUGCAGUUGCAAAAUCCAUCAAAGCGGCAGGGUAAGAAUCCGUCAAUUAGCCGAGUAUGGUAAUGAAUUCAUUGGUUUGGAAGCAGAAACUUAGUCAAAUUUGGGUAUCUGUUUUACUAGUGUCCAUGUAUUCAUUGUUGGUUCUAUAUUUUCAUCUUGUCGCUUCAUUUCCGUGAUUCUCUCAACCAUUGUAUACCAAGUCUUUAUUUUCCAUAAAGGAUUAAAGUGCC